AUGGACGAUCCAAGCACUUUACAAGACCCCGAGCGCUUGUCGCGACACGCCACUCGUCGGUCUGCCGCAACGUCGGCUACGAAAUCAAGAUGGUGGCGUAUACAUUUCUUCCGCGGCAUGAUCCACGACAUCAAGAGGAGAGCUCCGUUCUUCAUAAGCGAUUGGACCGAUGCAUGGGACUAUCGAGUGGUUCCGGCGACGGUUUAUAUGUUCUUCGCUAACAUCCUGCCGGCCCUGGCCUUCUCGCUGGAUAUGUUUGAGAAAACUCACCAGAACUAUGGCGUGAACGAAGUCCUGCUUGCAUCAGUGCUUGGAGCAGUUGUUUUCUCAUUGUUCGCUGCACAGCCGCUUGUCAUUGUCGGUGUCACCGGUCCGAUCACGGUCUUCAAUUACACGGUCUAUGAUAUCAUAGCACCACGAGGCACCAAUUACUUGGGCUUUAUGGCAUGGAUAGGAAUAUGGUCACUGAUUAUGCACUGGAUCAUCGCCAUCACCAACAUGUGCAAUGGAUUGACAUACGUCACCCGUUUCUCAUGCGACAUUUUCGGGUUCUAUGUAGCCUUUGUCUAUCUCCAGAAGGGGAUCCAGGUUCUCACGCGACAAUGGGGAUCAGAUGGAGAGACAUCAGCAUAUCUCAGCAUCAUGGUCGCAUUGCUGGUUCUCAUGAGUGGCUGGGUCUGCGGUGAAAUCGGCAAAAGCAGUCUCUUCCAUCGUUGGGUUCGAAAGUUCAUCGAAGACUACGGCACCGUACUGACCAUUGUGUUCUUCACGGGUUUUGUUCACUUCGGACAUAUGCGUGAUGUGAGCGUCUCGACUCUCCCGAUCAGUAAAUCCUUCUUUCCCACGGCGGACCGUGGUUGGCUGGUGCGCUUCUGGGAUCUUAGUGUUGGUGAUAUCUUCCUCGCUGUCCCGUUCGCUUUGCUGUUGACCAUACUGUUUUAUUUUGACCACAAUGGUAAGCGUCUUCUACUUUAUGUCCCCCCUUUAUCCUUGCAACAAUUGCGCUGA